UGCACUUUCCUUCAUAUCCUUACCCUCAGAAAAGCCAAUACCAUACAGAAAAAGGUGCACUCAUAUAGUAUAUUUAUUUUUCUCUCGGAAAUACUUGCCGGCGAAUACGUCGCCGGAAAAUUUGACCAUCUCGCCGGUAAAAUGAAGGCUCUGGCAAUUUGAUCGUUUUCCAAGUGACCAAGACAUAAGCGUGACGUUUGUCAAGCCUUCGCGUAUAUCGGGAACCCUAAUUAUAGCAGGAAAAACCCCAAGCAAAAGCGACUUUUACUUAGCAGAGUUCCGAAGUUAUUCCAUACUUGACCUCGCGAAUAUGUGGCGACAAAUCUUUAUUAUAAUCCGGGAUUAAAAGGUACUUGGUUUGGUUUAUGAGCCUCGAAUUUUGCUAACCCCCCCCAACAAUUGAUUUAUUUUGAGCAAAAUUCUUGGACCCUGAGUGGAUUCCUUUUGUUGAUCUCGAUCGAGGGAGAGGUGCCAGAUUUUUCAAUGAAGGUUUUGAUCGAUGUGUAGGCUUUAGUGUCCUAACUUUUUUCUUCCCCCCUUUUAUUUUGGGUUUCAAUUUGCAAUUAAUUUUUGUGCUUUUGUUAGAAUUAGUUGUGUUUGUCUUCGUUCUCGAGUUUUGGAAAUGAAGGCGAAGAGUCUGAGGACUGACUUAUAGGAGUUAGGGAUAUUAGGUCAACUUCUUUUACGAUUGAAUUUGAAAUUAAGAAAAACAAGCUCAACCUUUUCUGGAAAUGGAGGCUGAGAAAGUUUUCGAAGAACGGAGGUGCUGAGAGAGCUUCUUCCUUAAUCUGAUCACGUUGGUCAUGCCGUUUCCAAUGAAGAUCCAACCAAUCGAUUGUCACACGCUGCCUCAUGAACCAACUUGUUUUGAGCCAGUUAAGCCGGUGGUAAAGUCGCGUCUCAAGCGGCUCUUCGAGCGCCAGUUUACGAGCGUAUUGAAAACCUCCGUGGCGGAGAAGACCGGCGUCGAUGAACCGCAUUUCUUGAAAGGCGGUUUCAAUGGCUCGGAUGAGUUCGAACCAAGCUCUGUGUGCUUAGCCAAGAUGGUGCAGAAUUUCAUCGAGGAGAGCACCGAUAAAAGUUUAGCUACGGCGAAGUGUAGCCGGAACCGCGGCAACGAUGGCUCUGUUGAUGAAUUGGAUUUUUUCAGCGGUAUUGGCGAUUCGAAUUUUGUUAACUGCAGUGAAGCAUGUGAGAUUCUUAAGGGUCUGGUUCCUUGUGCCAGUGUUUGUGAAAGGAAUUUGUUAGCGGACGCUGCGAAAAUCGUUGAGAAGAGCAAGAUCUGCAAGCCUAAAGACGAUGUUAGCAGAAUGAUUGUUGCUGAUAGAUUGUCAGCUAUGGGAUACAACGCUUCAAUCUGCAAAUCGCGUUGGGAAAAAUCGCACUCCUAUCCUGCCGGAGAAUACGAAUACAUAGACGUGAUCAUCCAAGGGGAGAGACUGCUAAUUGACAUUGAUUUCAGAUCAGAAUUCGAAAUUGCUCGACCGACAAAAACCUACAAGACGAUCCUUCAAACUCUUCCUUACAUCUUCGUCGGUAAAGCCGAUCGACUUCAGAGGAUUAUUUCCGUCGUAUCGGAGGCGGCGAAGCAGAGUCUCAAAAAGAAGGGAAUGCAUAUUCCACCAUGGAGAAGAGCCGAUUAUGUGAGAGCCAAAUGGCUCUCUCCUCACACCCGUGAAACGCUCUCAUCACCAUCAUCAAAAGCCUCCGAUUCGUUGCAGCGUGGAAAGAAUGAGCCGGUUAAGCAGCCUUUGAUCCUAACCGGCGAGUCUGAGCCGAGUUCCUGCGGCCAGAGAAAGUCGGUGGACGGUACCGUAGCCGAGUCUGUGUUUGAUAUGUCUGAAAGUUCAAGUGCGGGAGAGAAAAAGACGGUGGUCAACGAUUGGAAACCACCGGAACUCAAACCUAGGCGAGCCAGUGUUGGGGUAAAGAUUGUCACCGGUUUGGCUUCUGUUAUGGACGAUGAGCCAUGAAAUUUUGAUUUUUGGUCCUUUUUUUUUUUUUUUUUUUUUUUCUUUUGACUGUCAGAUAAUCGAAAAUCGUAUAUGCUUGUAUGUUAGCAUAACCACCGUUGAUCCCCUUCUGUUUUUUAAUGCAAGGGUCAGAUUUACUAAUAUCAAUAAAAUUUCCAAGAAUUAUACUUCAA